UCCCAGGAGGCGCCGCGGCUAGAGGUGACUGUGGCGGUGUCAUGGGAUCACACGUGCAGAUCCUGGAGAAGCUGCGGGGGGCGCUACAGCCGCAGGGGUUCGAGGUGCACCCUUUCCAGGUUGGUUGGUACAAUGGCGUCCUGGAGCCCGUCUUCCAUCUCUCUUACCCUCCUGACACGCUGGCGUUUGUCGUGCUGAGCGCUCCCGCCAUGUUUGAGAAGUCCUUUAAGCCUUUCCUUGCUCAGCAAAAGCUGAAGAGUCUCCAGGACCCGAUCGACCAGUGCGUGUCACACUAUAUGGCGCUGGCACAGGAGAGAUUUUCCUCGCACAGGAUUGACGUCAUCUACGACUACGAGCUUCAUCCCAAUCGGCGGCCAAAGGCUCUGAUGCAGACGGCGGCGCACGUGUCCGGAGCGGCGUACUACUACCAGAGGAAAGACGUGGAGAGCGAUCCCUGGGGGAAGAAGAAGAUGUUCGGGGUCUGCAUUCACCCGCGCUUCGGGGGCUGGUUCGCCAUCCGCGCGGUGCUGGUGUUUGCCGAUGUCCAGGCCCCGGGGUUGGAGCAGACCCGGCCCAUAGACUGUGUGCCCAGCAGGGAGGACAGGAUCAGCCUCCUGGAGAACUUCAACUGUAACUGGAGGGACGGGAGGUACCGGGACGUGCUGCCGGCAGAGGAGAAGUAUUCGGCGGAGCAGACUCUGUACUUUGCUACUCCACCUGCAGAGAGACUGAAGCUGCUGGAACUCUGGGGUCAGAUACACCCCAUCCCCCCCUGCUGAGACUGUGACGGCUCCUCUGCUCUGUAUCAUCACGAGUUGUCUCUGCUGGAGAUUCCGCUGGUCACUGAUCUAAGAGGGACCGUCCCCGUCACUUCUGUGCUCCACAAAUAAUAAGCGCAAUUUUUUGUAGCGCACUGAAAUUUUUUUUUUUAAAUGGCGCCCCCAGGAACAUGCGCUGUAUUUUACACCCCCCCCCCCCUCUCCUGACAUCUUCCCCUCUGUUAUAGAAAUAACUUCCCUCUGUUAUUCCUCCUGGAAAUGUAUGACUAAUUUACCAAAUGGGGGUAGGGGUAGGGGUCCCCUGCACAGUCCAAUCAGUGCUGACCAUGUAGGGUGCACUCCUCAUAACAUCCGGGUCUCAGAUUUCCAGAAGGAAUAACAGAGGGAUAUCACAAUAAUGAGAUACUGUAUGCACUUCUGGGAUUCCAUAUUUAAGUGAUUUCUGAUUUUAAGUUAUUUUGUGAUUUAUUUAUUAUCUGGAGAUUUUAUUAAACAAUGGAAACUUUUAUUUUCA